UGAAUAUGCGAAUGCGAUUUGUAUGAUUGUUUCAAUCUUUUUAUAAUUAAACAAUACAAAUUUGCUAAUUUUUUAAGCCUUCAAACAUUCCUAUUGUACACAUAUUGUACACAUUAUUUUAAAAUGCUCCUAAUCGUAUACAAUUUGCCUGGAAAUAUUUCAUAUAACGACGUGAAGGAUCUCAUAAAAAAGAAUUGUGGGUUGGAUGAAGUGAUUUUAGAUAAUCUUGUAAACGAUAAGCCCGGAACUAAGCGAGUUACCGUAGGACUGGCCGAAGAAAGCGACGCUGCUAUUUUCGUCAGAAAAAUAAAUGGAAUGUUUAUAAAAGGACAUCAACUUUUCGUCGAAAAUGUUCGACAAAAAAAGGCAUCUGAACAACCAUAUAGAACACUGGCUAGUUACUUACCAGAUUCAGGCAAAGACUUCAGCAAUCCUGCAGACAGCAACAGACAGCAGUACAAUAUGCCCAAUCAGGAGUAUAAUAUGGCCCAUCAGUAUAUGAAUCCAUACCAAUCCUACUUUGAUGUAAAUAUGCAAUAUUAUAUGCAACAGAAUCCAAAUACAGUGGUACAAUCCACAUCCCAGGCAGUUCAACCAAUGCAACCUUCUUUAUAUCAAAAUAAUGUUCCAUACUAUCAGCAAGCUCAACCACAACAAUUUCAGCAAGAUGUGUCGUCUUAUCAGCAAAAGAAUAUUCGAAUUUCUGUUACGAAUACCCAAUACACACAGCCCACAGAAACCUUAAGAAAAAAUGAUGCUACACCACAACAGCAACAAAACUUAAAUAGAUCAUUUGGUGACAAUAACAGGCAAGGUAAGCCUAAUGACCGGGAUUGGAACGGCAGUGGCGAGGUUAGCUAUGGCCGUGGUGACCGUCGUGAUGAAAAGAAAUUUAAUUACGAACGUGAAUCCAAAUUUGAUCAGAAUAAAAGCCACUCUGGCUAUAAUUCUGACUUCAACCGUGGAUUCAAAAAUAUAGGUGAUAAAAAAGACUACAGUGAUUAUUAUAAUGAAGCAGAAGGCGAAGGACGUUCUGAUAAUUCAAAAUCAGGAUCAUACUUUAACGAUCGCAGGAUUGUUGUUGAUAAAUCAGAUACGGAACCCGAUUUACGAUCUCGGAUUGAUGAGAAAACACGGCAAAAAGUUGAUACAAGAUAUGAUAGCAAGUCUGUAUAUCGCGAGAAAAUGCAGGCGCGGUUCACUAAAAAGGAUGUUGGACCAUCAGGAAGAACUAGGUCGAAGGGGAAGUUUAAUACAAAUUUUAACCAAACCAGCAAUACUCAUGGCUUCGACAACGACAAUCGUUACGUUCAAAGUCAGGGCGGUAAUUUGAAGCGAAAGUUGGAAACACCUCAAAAACAAUCGAAACCAAAGAAACCCACUAAUUUCACAACACCGCCGAAGAAGUUCGUCGCACCCCCGCCUCCAACAGUGAGCGGGAACGAGCAAAGCUCCAAGAAGAAAUUGAAAUUUUCCGAAUUGGACAUUAACAAGAAAUUAAACAGAUUCAAUACAUGGGUACACCAAGUUGCAUCCGACUUAGCAAGAGAGGUGCUAAAACCCGUAGGUGGAACCCCUCCUCAAUCUGCACCCAUAUUUGCAGAACUCAAAAAAUGCAUCGUAUCUCGUAUAUUUGUUAUAUUCGAUCAGAGAUUCGCUCAGGCUAUGCCGCAAAUUGUGAAAGAAUACAGGCAAAAGUAUAAAAAACACGAUGAUUAUAAGUUUUAUAUGGAAGUGCGCGAUAAAGUCGCCGAGGAUGCGAAAAAGCCAGGAAAUGAAUUGAAAUCUACGCCGCAAACGCAACAAAUACCUGAAGGUGAUUGUUGGUUUGAGUCAACGCCGGGUACAGAAGAAUCGACUGAAAUGGAAUCAGCACAGCAAGCAGCGAUGUCUGCCCAAAAUAAAGUAUCAGGACCCAAGGAACAAGCUAAGAAUGCAACGCCGUAUAUAAAUCAGUUAAAACCACCUACUUCUGGCAAACUACCAUCAUAUCCUGGUGGAUUGGAUAAGAAACAAUACAAUGAACUAAGGUUAAAGUCAGCAGAACAGUUUUUCGAGCAAGAAAAAAUAGGACAAAAUCUAAAGGAAAUCGACCGUAAAGCUCUGAAGUCAGAAAUAGAGGAGUUUUGUAAAGUUGUCGCUGCAGCCUGUGAAGAAGUUGAUAAAGAAAGUGGUGUAGAGAGUAAACACAGAUGGGCAAAUAUUAAGAAAAGCAUUGAAAAGAUCGUGUCGGUGCAAGUGGCCGAGCGAAUGUCCAACUCGCCGAGUUUCUUGAGAGUGCGCGUCCACUUCAGACCGAAGAAGCCGAAUCGCGAAAUGUUGGAGGCGUUCCUGAAGGAGUACAGUGUGGUCAGUUUGAAGAAUUCGAAGAGGAAGAACAUGUUUAUAGCCGCUUGCUCGUGUUUCGAUGGGUACGAUAGGCUGUGUGCGCUCGGUGAAGCUGUUAUUGAUGAAAAAACUUUAACUUUCAAACCAUUCCAUUUAUGCGGACCACCCCUAAAAGGGAAAUUGAAAUCGAAGUACGGAAAAAAUCAGAAUAACGUUGAAGAUGGAGACGAUGAUGAGAUCGAUGAUGAUGAUGAUGGUGUCGAUGAUAAUGAUGGUGAAUGUGACGACGGUGAUGAUGAAAUGGGUGAUCAACUAGAAAAUUAUAAUGAAGAAGUUUCCGAUCAUGAUAAAAGCGUAAUGAUUAUUGAAGAAAAACAUGACAUAAUACAAUUAGACGAUACUGAUGGAGCGGAACCUGAUAAUGACGAAGCUGAUCAAAUUGAAAAAGAUGUUAACGAAAUAUGUGAAGUUUAUAAUAUAGGUCAUAAUGUACAUGAAAAAGACAGUGAGAUUCAAAACAAUGAUGGCAAUGGACACACUCACGGUAAGACAAACAAUGAUACUAACCAAUCUCAAGAACAUAACGAUUUGGAAAUUGUGGACGGCAUUAAUAAAAAGGAUACUUCAAAUAAUGAAUCUAAGAAUACCCAAGAAAUUGCAAGAGAUACAUGCCAUGAUCUGAUAGUAGGUAAUGACAGCUAUGUAGUCCUUGAUGAUGCAGAUGAUGAUAAUAAAAAUGAUACACUUCCCCAAGAAGCUAUACCGGAAGUCAUACAGAAUGCGGAUAUAACUGAGGAGGAUUUGGAAGAUUUUUAAAACAAAAUAUAAGUUGUGUAACUAUUUAUUCUAAAUAUGUUUUCCUUUUAUAUAUUAAGAUAUUUUAGUUCAACGUAAUUCUAAAGAUAUGCUAAAACAUUACCUUUAAAUAAAGGUCUUAAACAUAA